AUGAGCCUCGACUGUCACUGCCCUGUCAGCCUGUGCCUCCUUCCUUGCACCUCCGACAUCUGGCCGGAGUCAGGCUUGGUGUUCCCUGUCCUGGUGGCACCUCCCUGGGGGCAGGGAGGGCAGUGUGACAGGUCUGGUGGGAACCUGGCAUCUGGAGGGAGUGGCGUGGAAUGUCUCAUCUGCGUGUCGCCCUUCGACAGCGUAUUCAAGCUGCCCAAGUGCCUGGACUGAAGCCACGUCUUCUGCCUCGAGCGCCUGGCUCGUCUGUCUCUGGCCACGGCGGGCGGCGGCGACGCGGUGGCCCGUCCCGUGUGCCGCGCGACCACGCGCCUGGCCCCACGCCGCGGGCUCCCCGCGCUGCCCACGCAGCUCGGCCUGCUACCCGGCUCCGCACGCGCACCGCCGCCGCGCCAGGGCUCCGUGCGCUUCGACCGCCGGCGCUGCCUGCCGUACCUGCGGCAGCCGCCGCCCGCGCCCGGACCGCGCAAGGCCCGCCCCCCGCCGCCGCGCCGCCUGACGCUGCGCUCGGCCUGGGUCUUCCACGCGGCCGUCCCCCUGGCCGUGCUGGUGGCCACGGGCCUCGUGGUCACGGAUUUCUACAUCUUCCUCAUCCCGCGCGCCACCACCUCCAGCCCCGCGCGGCCCCAGCUCGUGGCGCUCGCCCCGGCUCCCGGCUUCUCCUGGUUCCCGCCUCGGCCCACGCCGGCGGCGCCCUGGACCCCCGGCCGGGUGCCGCGCCCCGUGGGCCCUGACCUGAAUGCCGCCCCGGCGGGGGCUGCGGAGGACGCGCUGGAGCCCGAGGGAGUUCCCGAAGAGACAGAGACGCCGGACGGGCCCUUGGACCGCAGGUGCUGGGGGCCCCCAUCUUUGGAUGGCAGACUAUUCCCUGGCCACACCUGGGAGUGGCCCACGGCAGGACCAACCCCCCCACUCCUACCCAGGCUGUGGAGUUGCUGCAUGCAGGCUGAGCCUGGGUGGGAUCCAGCCAUCUCCGUGCUGGUUCUGCAUUUGCUGCCUUACACACCUGGAUGGGGCUUGGGCUUGAAGGGGGAGGUGUGGCCUGGCCAGGACUGGGGAGAGACAGGCGGGGCCUGAGCCUCAAAGACUGGCUGCCACUUGGGUCCUGAAUAUCAACUUGCAAUGGGGCCUCGACUUCCCCUAUGGCUAGUGGCUUCUGGGAUUCUCCUAAUAUGCUGAGGGGCAGCUGUGGUCACUGAGGCUCAAAGAGGCCAAGGUUGCCCUCUGGGUCAGACAAUGUCGUGUGAUUUGGGGUGAGGGGUCACUCCUGGACAUCCCUGGCCCCUCUCCUUAGCCACCAGAGCCCUCAUCACCCCCACCUCCACUCAUUAAAUACUCAGCGUCGGUUACUUCACCUCCUCCAGGGCUCCAUCAGCAUUUUGUGGCAACCCUGCUGUAGGCCAGGGUGAAUGAAGCCUCAGGCCUCCUUCAGCAGGGAGAGUGGGCCUCCUCUCAGAAGCCUUCCUGGGUUAGUCGCAGUGGGGUAGAUAGCAGCCACCUUCUGCACAAACUGAACAUGGACUUUCUGUCUCCCCCCAGGCCCUGGAGCCCCCAGUCUGCCUCACUUCACCCCAGGUUGGGAUGCUGUGUGUGGCAGGUGGGCAUCCAGCAUUUUCCAGAGAGAAAUGUGACUUCUUUGGGGCUAGAGGCUCCUGUUUGAUUUGUUUACAUGUCUGUCCUCAGCACCUGGCAUACAGUGGGUGCCAAGUACUUUUGUAGGGAAUGACAGCAUUGCCGGUAACCAAGAAGCAACCCAGGAAUGUCUGCGGGCAUCCUAGGUUCACCCGGCUCCCAGCCACCUUGACCUAGGCAUGUCAGUGGAGCUCCUUCUGAUGGGAGCCGCUGCUUCCAGGUGGGAAGCAGGAGGAGGAACAUCAGGGUGUCCUAGGGAGUGUCUUCCUGGACCAGUUCUUGUCCCACAUACAUCUGGGGCCAAUGACAAGUACAGGGGCCAGGACCAGUGUGCUGGGUCACUGGGCAGGCACAGCCCAGCCUGACAGG